AUGUCCACUACAGACGAACGCCAUGAAUCUGCGUUCACCACCAGCCUCCGUGACGCUAUCAAGCCAAUUUACUCAAAAGAAUACCGCGUAAAUAUGACCGCCAGGUCGAUUCAGAGUGCUCUCAAGCGAGAUUUUGAGCAAGAGAGACGUGAGAUUAAGCGUGCGGACAGAGAGCAAUGGGAUUGGGGUCUCCCACUGAAGACGAAAUGGCGGCUCACAAAGAUGCCGUUAAUCUACAUGGUUCAUUUGCAGCGAGCGGCCCCGCUCGAGUUUGCAAGGCUUCGAGAGGAACAUUUCUCUAUCACCGACGAAUCUUACCGCGCCGUUACUGCAUCGUCACUCAAAUCUCUCUCGAACCUCGGUCUCUCUGGCUCUGCAUUCUUCCACACCGAAGGACCCUCGACAAAUGCGGGCCUCAUCAUCAAGUCGAUUAACCGCGCAUUCGAGUACGAGUUUAUGCACGAGACACUCCUACCACGCUAUAUUGAGUACAUUGAAGCAAGACCUGGUGCAGACUCGUUGUUGACGCGCAUAACGGAUGUUCUCUUCUGUGCGGAUCUGAGUCUCGGCGAGGCCUUGAACGUCAGUCCGCGGCACUACAUGGUUAUGGUGGAUGUACUCGGUGAUCUCAAAGCCGUCAAGGGUGCGCAAAAGUGGGAUCUCAAACCUAGUGGUUUCUUCGAGCCAACAAGAGACCUCGUACCAGACAUUAUCAAAUCGGAAGCCACAAAGUCUGGUCUGGCGGACACGCUCGAUGCCGACGUCCGAAUCAAGUUGACAAAGUCCCAAUAUGACGAUCUGAUUCGAGUACUCGAACAGGAUACUGCAUUCCUCGAGGAGUUGGAGACGGUCGACUACUCGUUGUUGCUCGGCCGCUUCCCUGCUUCCUCUUCGCCGCAGCCUCCGCUUGGUCUCGAUGCCUCGAGCACAGUCCAUCUUCCCAUUUCUGACGUGCUCCAGCAAGGCGCAUCAAAGAUCAAACGUGCAUUGGGAAUAUCUUCGUCGCAGGAGACUGAAGACGUCGCCCCAACUGCGGGUGCCAGUGCAAGUGGGAGAGAAGGUCAAAAAUUGACAGGGGACGAUUUCACCAAAGGCGUCUUGUCUGCGGAUGGAGAGUGGGUUUACAGGCUGACGAUUGUAGACUUUUUGUGGAAUGUGAACAAGCUCGUCCCAACAGUGAUGCGGACGGCAGGCAAAGUUCUUCCAGACCAGACGAUUACAACCGAGCCCGCGCGGUAUCGGCAAGAGUUUAUGAAGAUGGUGGAAGAGUAUGUCGAGGUGGCUGAUAGCUAA